AGACAAAGACGAUAACAAUACCAAAUUGAAAUUGAAUUGAUUUGGUACAAAAUUUCAAAAUGUUGCAAACCCUAGUAAUACCCGCAAACUUCCGCUUCGCGAAUCGAAUGUUCCUCCGAAGAAGCUUUAGGGUUCGCGCAUUCACUUCUUCCUCCUCCGAUUAUGAAGACCAGUCUCGUGGUGGCCUCCCUCGCUUCUACUCCGAAACUCUUCCUCCUUCCAAGGGCAAUGUUAUUCGGGUAAAAGGCGAUGAAUUCUGGCACAUGACAAAAGUAUUGAGGUUGUCUACCAACGAUAGGGUACAGCUCUUCAAUGGAAAAGGAGGUUUGGUAGAAGGGUCCAUACAGAACAUUGACCGCACUGGAGUUGAUUUUGUUGCAUUGACUGAUCUGAAGUUAAUGCCUGCGCAGAAUUUUCAAUUACAUGUUUUUUCUGGUUUUGGUACUCUGAAGGGUGGCCGGGCUGACUGGCUUGUAGAGAAGUGUACGGAACUUGGAGCCAGUAGUGUUACUCCGCUGUUGACUGAACGUUCUCCGUCAAUCUCAGAAAAUCGGGUGGACAGACUGGAACGUGUCAUUUUAGCAGCGUCUAAACAAUGUCAAAGGCUGCAUGAAAUGAUCCUGAAACCUCCUGUAGAGAUUGGUGAUAUUUUGCAUCUUAUUGCGCAAUCAAAGCUAUCUCUUAUUGCAACAGCAGAAGCAGCUCCUGUUCUAAAUGCAUUGACAUCAUUGGAAAAAGAAACUAGUGGCUUAAUCAUAGUUGGACCAGAGGGAGAUUUCACCCAGAAAGAAGUAAAUAUGAUGAUGGAGGCAGGUGCUAAAGCUGUUAAUCUUGGGCCCCAUCGUCUUCGAGUUGAAACUGCCACGAUAGCACUUCUUGCUACUGUCAUGUUAUGGUCUGACUCUCAGCAAACACCAGUCUCUUGACUCAUCUGUAUAUGUAUGUCAGGUCAGGCAUGCUUAUGUUCUAGAAGCAAUAUAUAUUUUGUAGCACUUGUCUGUUAGAUUUAAUUAUUCUAAGUUCACACCGGGUAUGAAAGUGGCAUUUCUGUAUUUGAGUUCAGGAAUCAGAGAAAAUGCAUUAAAGGUUCAAGUCUUUGCCUUCUUUUAUUGAGAGGAUUAACCAUGCUUUAAAACUUGGUCAAUUUAUAAAAACCAACUGUGGUAAAAGACCGAUUAGAAUAUAGAUGGAGUAAAAGUAUAACUUGUCAUGAUACUUUUUCUGAGUUAUUUGCAAGCUGUUAUCAUGGAUACUAAGGCAUUUCAGGGAUGGGGAGUAUUUACAGCCAUUGAAAAGCAAGCCCAUCCCUUAUCCAAUACUCUUUUUCUUCAAUGCAAGGCUUAAUUCAUAAACAUCUUACUAAUUCUUAGAAGCAUCAGGAACAAUUCAAACAAAAAUAUUCCCUACAUGUCAAAUUAUAUCCAUACAAAAGUGGUAUACGAAAAAGAAAGGUAAACAUAAAAAAGAAAAUGCUAAAUAAAGAUGUCAUGUUGGACCAUCCAAGUGACCUACGUAUAUUGUGAAGCGAACACUUGCGCGCUGAUGCACUUGCUACACCAUGUAGAACAAUUUUUAAUAAUAGCAAUUCAUCAAAUUUUUUGUUGUAUUGGCAAAUUGUGACUAGUUGUCUGUAAAAUUGUUUUACAUUAACAGUUUUACAUUUGCCAAACAUAUGAUCAUACAUGUCAUGCUAUAGCUGUCGGUCCUCUAGUUAUGGUUAGCCAGUUCUGUUAUAAUAACUUCAUGUGUUUAAUUAAAAAAUGUUCUUCAUAUUA